AUGAAGACAUUGACCAUUUCAGCAGUCCUUCUGAUUUUGGCUAUUGCUCAAACUCAAGCCUUCUUCACCCUCUUUGAGGAAGAUUUGAGACGUCUACCAUCAUACCGUCGUCAGAUGACUGACAGUGAGAUGAAAGAAGCUGAAUCUCAGGAGGCUGAAAACGGAGGCGAAGCUGAGACUGACCCUGAACUUCAAAAUUCUGGGAAACCUGUCGGAGUAACCCAACAGGAUAUCACUCUCCUUCGUCGAGAUGUGAUGGUCGCAAUGGAGCGUCUUCGCCAAACUAUUGAACGCCAUGGAGAAAUGGCUUCUUUCCUGCGUACCCCUUGGCAGUACCCUUUCCACUACUCACAUGAUCAACAACAACAGUAG